CCACCUGGCUGCCACAACACACACACACUCCAUCCAGCCAUCAUGAAGUUGGUACUCCUCGCCUGCCUGGCCGCCGUCGCCGUCGCCGCUCCUCAGGGAGACGAGAGACCCGUCGUGGAGAUCAUCAAAGACGAGCGCAGCGACUCUGGCGACGGCAACUUCAACUACGCCUUCGAGGCCGAUAACGGCAUCAGCAUGUCCGUCUCUGGCACUCCAGGUGCUGAGGGCCAGUCCAACAUGCAGGGAGUCUACAGCUUCAUCCUCCCCGACGGCACCAUCGCUGAGAUUCGGUUCAUCGCCAACGAGAACGGCUUCCAGCCCGAGUCUCCUCUACUGCCCACACCACACCCCCUCCCCGCCCACGCCAUCGAGCAGAUCCGCUUCGCCGAGGAGCAGCGAGCUGCCGGCAUCACCUUCGAAUAAGACGAAAAUGACCCUACAGCUCGACUACUCUCGAUGUGACCGGAAGUCCGUAUAUGGACACUAUUUUGGACACGUAUUACAGCACAUUUUGGACACGUAUUGGGUCUCUUAGAGACGCUCCGCCACCAGACACUCCAUCAUUACCACUGAACUGUAAUAAAUGAAUAUUUUGCAAACA